AUGCGAUCCUUGCAGAUACAGGUUCUGCAGAACUUGCCUCGAUUGGCUAUUGUUGAGAAGAGGAUUCUCUUUCACCAUCGUUGCAUCGAUGAGGAUACGGGACAAUUUGUGAUUCAAGAUAUAACCUUGAAAGUUGGCACAGAAGGUAGCGGCCGUGGUACUCAAGUGACGCCCGGAGAGAAUGUACAUCAUGAUUGUGAGACGUUUGCGAUGGAGGCUCUCGUCCUGAAAAUUGCCCUCGCGAACGAUGCGGAGGUAUGGAAACCCCGCGGAUACAUGAUCAAUCGGAUCGACCAACACAGCAGUCUCCAUCCAGAAGAAAACCUCAAAGCCAACCAACACCACAGGAGACUGCAUAAACACUCAACUCAAGAAGCAUUGAAGAAAGACAGCAAGAAGGAACUUAAUCUCGAAGAUGGCUACGUCGGUGUAUUUGCCAAUCUCACAAAUUCGUACUGUCUGGCCUCACUAUCCACUGGCUCAACCAACUUUUACUCGACUUUUGAAUCUGAGCUUAGUGAGGUCAUUCCGGUGAUCCAUACCACGAUUUCAGGGACAAGGAUCAUCGGGAGACUCACUUGUGGCAAUCGGCAUGGUCUCUUGGUCCCCGCCACUACCACCGAUCAAGAAUUACAACACCUGAGAAAUUCGUUACCUGACAGCGUGGCCAUGCAGCGGGUAGAGGAGAGAUUAUCGGCUUUAGGAAACGUGAUAGCGUGCAAUGAUUAUGUAGCACUUGUCCAUCCUGAUAUCGAUAGAGAAACCGAAGAGAUCAUUGCAGAUGUCCUGCAGGUCGAAGUCUUCCGUCAGACGGUUGCAAACAACGUGCUCGUAGGAUCCUAUUGCGCACUCUCAAAUCAAGGUGCAUUGGUGCACCCAAAGACAAGUAUCCAAGCUCAGGACGAGCUGAGUAGCUUGCUUCAGGUUCCCUUGGUUGCUGGGACAGUCAACCGAGGAUCAGACGUGAUUGGAGCCGGCUUGGUAGUCAACGAUUGGUGUGCAUUUAUCGGCUUGGACACAUCGGCCACAGAAGUCUCGGUGAUCGAGGCUGCCUUCAAGCUACAAGGCCAAGACACAUCAGCUAUUGCGGGGAUGCGGGACACGUUGAUCGACCAGUUUGCAUAA